AUGAACAGCGAACUGAUCCAGAGUUUAUACAGCGAAGAAAACAUACUUCCUGUCGCAGGAGUCAUCGCAGCUGGAGUAGCUGCUAAACUUGUCCAUACCCUCUUAGUUUGGGCUAAGAAAGAAAAAAAUGAAGAUCCAUGGAAUAAAAAAGGAUUCAAGAAGAUAUCUGUUCCUUCUGGAAAAUAUCCGUAUUUUGGACAUUCACUUACCAUGACUGACAAUCCAACCUACAAAGUUGAAGAGUGGCAUCAGGAAUGCGGUCCAAUUAUUCACCUUACUCUGGGAGUUCAACAUUGGGUUAUUGUUAGUGACCCAUAUAUUGCCCAUGAACUUUUAUCUCGAAAUGGAGUCAAAGCAUCCGGUAGACAGAGACAUUAUUUUACCCACGAAGUCUAUACCGAUGGCGGAAAGCGUGGUGUUCUUUUCAAUAACCCAGGAAAGAAGUGGAAAAAUUCCCGUGGAAUUGCCUUGUCAAUUUUGUCCCCGAAAUAUGUCGAUAGAUUUACAUCUGUUAUUGAGGAAAUGGCAGAUGACACUGUUAAAGUAUUAAAGGCCGCAUCAGACAAGGAAGGAGGAGUGUUUCCUACUCCUCUCUUAAAACUAGGAACUUUCAGUGCAAUUACAAGAUCGUUGUUCGGAAAGACUUCAGAAGAGCUCGGCGAAGAAACAUUCAAGACUAUCAUAUUUACAGCAGAAGAGCUUAUUAGAUUGGCUGGUCCUGAGAACGACAUGGCUUCUUUCUUUCCUCACUUCUCGUGGAUCGCUAAUUGUUUUGCCGAAAAGAGUUCAAUGAUUAAUGUAGUUAAUAACCGAGAUAAAAUCUACAAAAAAUUGAUAAAAGAUGCCAUAGAAGGUGAUGUUGACUGUUUAGCAAAGAGCGCAUACGCACUCAAAGAUGAGUACGGCCUAAGUGACAUAGAUUUGAUUGUCAUUAUGAGUGAUCUUUUUACCGCUGGCGGAGACCCUAUUGCUCUGUCAUUAUCCUGGCUGUUUGCGGUCCUACCACAUCAUCCUGAGAUACAAAAAAGAAUGUGCGAAGAGAUUGAUGCUUUUAUUAUAAAGCAUGGCCGUAUUCCUAGCUUCUCUGAUAGAGAAGAGAUCCCCUAUAUUAUUGCUGUAAUGAUGGAAAAUCUUCGUUUCAGAAGUAUCACAAACUUUGGCAUCCCUCAUUAUGCUACAGAUGAUAUUGAGUUCCUUGGGUAUUUUGUUCCAAAAGGAACUGUUAUUAUGAAUAGUAUGCACUCCAUGCAUAUGAACCCAGAAGUAUAUGAAAAUCCAUACCAAUUUAUGCCGGAGCGUUUCUUGGGAUCUUUAAGAUCUUGGACAACUCUAUCAAGAGGAAGCAUCGAGGAGCGGGAUAUGUAUGCUUUUGGGUGGGGAAGACGCACUUGCCCGGGAUCUCACUUUGCCGAAGUAGAGAUCUUUAACCUCACUGUACGCACUCUUGCUCGUUACACCGUAGAACCCACCCUCAAUCCAGAUGGAACCCCUCAUUUAUAUGAUUGGGAUGUUGUGUACACUGGGCUCAACUUACCUGCAAAGGAGUACAAAGUACGAUUUGUGACCAGAACUGAUACUCCAGUUGAUAUCCCACUUUAA